AUGGCCCACAGACGUGUGAACUUCGGAGGGGUAUCGAGAUUUUCUGGUCGUAACACUUCGAUGCAAAAGGGGACCUCUCCAAACAAGAGCAGUAUGCGCCUGAAAGGACAGGACCUGAACGCAAGAGGUCCAAUUGAGAAUGUCGCUGCAGAUGAGGAAGGUCCAGGUGGUUCUACAGAUGAAGAUCCAGUUUUUUCUACAGAUGACGAAGAUCGAAUGGAUGUUGAUUUAGAGAACGAGCCCGCCAAAAGCACUAAUGCUGACGACCAAGAUGACGAGCAAAAUAAGGAACGAGAUGACGGCCAACAUGACGACCAAGGUGCGAUUGAUGCUCAGCUUGCCCAGGAAGGCAGAACCAAGCCACGCCGGGAUUUCACCAUCAAGGACGAGCACCUGUUCAUGGAGACAGAUGAGGGUGACGAUGGCAAAGAGAACAAUGGCAAGGACGAGGCCCUACUCCAUGGCAUAGAGAAGCUGAAGAGGGAGCUUGUCGAGUUCGCCAAGGGCGUUUCACCCAUUCCUGCAAACAGGCAGGAGCAGUUUGUGAAGGGCCUCCUUGUCCCAGAGAAUGAGGAGCUCAUCCGAUAUGUUGGAUGUCUGGUGAUGGGCGGCACCGCAACAAAAUGGUAUGACUUGCUUACGACUGACGAGUCUCGAGAGGCUAUCGUCGUUGGCAUAACGGCUCGAGCACUGAAAGAGCACGUUUUCGGCGACUACUUGUUCGGAGGCGACAAGUCGAUCUUGGAUCGAUUGAUGAAGAUCGAUACAGGUGGCAAAUACCACUGUGGCUUCGCUCGCACUGAGGAGCGUGCUAAGUUGGUGAAUGGCUACCAGAUCGAUAUAUUAACCCGGCAUCAUCAAGUUGUGUCCUUCCACGCGCAGUUGGCAAAGCUCCUCACCCCAUUCUGGUCUGAUCAGGGGGCCGUUGACUUGUCCACUGGCAAGAGGGGAGACGAGCUCGCAGCCAUCAUCAGCCUCGCAGCGAAGAUCGCGGAACUGAUUCGGCGUGCGCCAGAUGUCGUCUACUACUGGCCACCCGCCUUCAAGGAUGAAGAGUUUGAUCCCGCGCGUAUGGAGGCCAUCAAUCUAUGCCAGAUGAUCCAGUCCAGCCCGUACGACAAGAAGAAGGUUGGGGGAGUCCAGCGCGCCGUGCUCAGAGAGGGACUUGAGCAUCAAAAAGAGGCAAUCGUUCGCAUCGUGACCUUUCCGGGAAUAGUUGCAUAUCGUCAGUACGGCGGCAGGCUUGCGGCGGCGGAGCUCGCAGCCGAGGGAGAGGCCGAAAAAGGACAGCCUGAAGACGUUCUGAGGGCGCGAGACCGAUUUGGCCAAGGCGUGACUGCGAAACAAGGCUUUCGCUCGAGGCUGAUCACCAAGAGCGUGGUGUAUCUCGAGUGGGGCCAGCAGCGGCUUCUGACCAAAGAGGCUGGUACGUCAGCCCAUCUGGAUGCAGUGCGUGAUAGCAAUACAUCCAAGUACACCGAUGACAGCAGCCGCAUCGAGCUGUAUACGUGGUAUCAGGAGAUCGACCACGUCCGUCGUAAGGAGGCGGCACCUGCAGGGGAGGUUCCAAUGUGUUCCUGCAGGUCCAGGUCGGUGACGCCGCCCGGCGCCCGUGACGGGGUGUCGGGAAGUCGGGAAGCCUUUCCACCUCCAGCCUGGCAGCCUCCAGCCUGGGCACAGUGGGCACAGUGGGCACAGUGGGCACAGUGGGCACAGUGGGCACAGUGGGCACAGUGGGCACAGUGGGCACAGUGGGAGUGGGCACAGUGGGCACCUGGAGGCAUCCUGGAUGGAUGGCUUGAACGAGGCGUGCGACGGGGACGGGGACGGGGCAAGAGCCAAAAGUCGUGA